AUGGCAGAGCGAAGACUAUCGCGUCGUGGUGGAAAGAGAGCAGUUUCCAGCCACCCAGACACGGGUUCGCAAAGCGAUGAAGAAGCCAAUCCAAGUACCCGAAUAGGUGGUAGGAACUCGGGUGCUAAUAAGAGUGAAAAGGGGAAGGAAACAACACAAUUUCAUCCUCCAAACGGCGCUAAUGUCAAGAAUUCCAAGGCUGGAAGUACUUCACAAGCUCGAUGUUUCAAUUGCGGAGAGGCGGGGCAUAAAUCUUACGCUUGUCCACAAAGAAGAAUAAAUUUGGUAGGUGAUAAGAUCAACUUUCCAAAGCCAUCGUAUGAUGUUUAUGGCAACGAAGAGGAAGUUAUUGAUCUCUUACCAGUUGAAGGAGAAUGUUUGUUGGUAAGACGAGUGAUGACAACUCCCAAAGUUGAGGAAGAGGAUUGGCGUCGACAUAAUAUAUUCCGAACACGAGUCCUUUGUGGGGAAAAGGUGUGCAACGUGAUUUUUGAUGGAGGAAGUAGUGAAAACAUUAUUUCAAAGGAGGCGGUAGAAAAAUUGAAGUUACCAAUUGAAAAGCAUCCUAAUCCCUACAAGGUUGCAUGGUUUCGAAAGGGAAGCGAAGUACCAAUCACUUCAAGGUGUUUGGUUAAAUUUACUAUUGGUAAUACCAUUGAGGAUGAAGCUUGGUGUGAUGUUGUUCCCACAGACGCAUGUCAUAUCUUAUUGGGAAGACCAUGGUUGUUUGACAAAGACAUGAUGCAUUCUACUAAAGCUAACACAUAUUCAUUCUAUAAGGAUGGGAGAAAGUGGACUUUGCAGUCGCUUGAAGAAGGAUUCUGCCAUGAGUUUGACAUUGAGAGCAAGAAGGUGGCGUCUGUGUAUCCACUUGUUACUAAGAAGGAUGUUGAGGGGGCUUCAAAUAAAUUAGAAGAUGACAAUACCCUAAAUUUGAAGACCCUCCCGUGUUUGACUGUUGUUUGGAAGAAGAUUGUGAAGUUUGUUUGGGAAUUGAGAAAGCUUCUGACAAGGUAUUUGGUGAGAGUAAACAAGCAACACAAUCAACCCACAUUUGAAGGAAAGGUAAUUCAAGAAAUUCUUGGGGGAAUUGUUGGAGAUGAGCUGAAUUCCUUCAAAGGUGAUACUUAUGAGUAUGCUGAUUUUCUUGGGGUUGAUUCUUUUAAUUUUCAAACUACCAAGAACGUCAUUGACCUUGUUAGACUACUGGUUUUUAGCGUGAAGAGUUUUGGGCUGAGAGUUUGGCUGCAGAAGAUAUCUGGUACUGUUCCAGAAGGAUCAAAUAUUCUAAAUAUCUAUUUCUUUGGUGUGGGAAGGUUCAAUAUCAAGGCCAAAGUUCUAUGGACAACUUAUCUAAAAGGAGGUUAUGUCUAG